CUUCCCUUUUCAACAAGGAAAUGAAGACGCUAAUAAAACGGUGCUGGUUGUUGUUGGACUCAAACAUGCAGUCAUGGGAAACAGAGUAACCACAGCUUUGGAUAAGUGGGGAUUAAAUCCAAGGAAGCUGAGUCAAAAGAGGUCAACAAGAAAAAGUCAUAAAACAGCUCCACCUGCAGUGCCACACCACCAGACUAUAGAUCCCCACAUAUACGAGAGCGUCUCAGCCGAGCCCAAGUAUGCCAUAGUGAAUAAGAAGAAGAAGACGACGACGGAAUCUGAUGGCCUGCACUACGCAGAAAUUCAGGUGCUACAGUCCGAAAGCACGAGCAAGCAGAGGACCACGCCAACCAAAGACUCGAGCACAGAAUAUGCAACCAUAGACUUUCUGAGAGGUGCUAAACCAAAAGAGUCUGCCGAACCUGCAGAUAUACUUAUUCCACCUGGACAGCUUCAUAAUCUGAUGGUUAAGUCUAAGAAGAGGAGGAGUGAUUCCUCACACCGGGGCUCUCGUGGUUUAAGUAAAUGAAUUUUCUUUAAAAUAAUUGAUGUAAAUGGGGGCUACAUUGGCUUAAUGGUUAGCAUGAUCAUAGGAUUCUGCUCUGUUUAUGUAGAGUUUGCAUGCUCUCCCUGUGCUUUGGGGGUUUCCUCCAGGUACUCUGGUUUCCUCGCAUGGUCUACAGACAUGCACAGUAGGCUGACUGAUGUCUCUAAAUUGUCCAUAGUGUGUGAAUAUGUGUGAUUUUUUGCCCUGGCAGUUUGGCACCUUGUCCAAUGUGUCCUCUGCCUUUGCCUUGAGUCUUCUGGGAUAGACUCCAGUUUCCCUGUGUAUGACAGUUGGUACAAACGAUGGAUGGAUGGAUGGAAGAAUAAUUUUUAUAUAGUUUUUAUAAAUCAGGAUGAGUUUACUUUUUUUUUUAAGAAGGAUCAAAUGUAUGUUGUAUUUGUUUGUUACACAUUGUAAUUAUUUCAAGACUGGAGACAAACACUGGACAAAAAUGUGAAAAGACAAUGUCAAGCAAAGAACACUGUAGUAUACUCUUAGUUGCGGUCAGUUGAUUUCACAGUAACAGUAGUAGUUGUCUAAUUAACCUAUAUUUGUUACUACAGUAUGCUUCCCCUGCAUAAUCUAUUCAGGAAAAAAAAUUGCUGUAGCCAUAUAAUCUGUGUUCCCAUCUUCUUUAUUGUUCAAUUUGCUCUUGGAAAUGGGAUACACCCAUGGACGACCGGUAUAAAUGGGCUAGCACGGCUAAGCCUCCUUGUUUUUUAAAAAAAAACAGUAGGGUUUAAAUCUUGGCAUUCUCAUCAGAUUUUUGCUGUUACCAAAUGUUUUAAAGUAAAUUAUUUCAGAAUUUUAUUGAGCCAGAGUAAUAUGUUUUAAGAAAAAUACAAAGAAUGGUAUGAAGAAACCAACACACCCCUUAGAUGUUAGAUUGCUCCGUCAUCCUGCUAGCUCAAAAUGGAUCUAGAGGAGACACUGUAAUAGAAAGGCUAAGCACAUGUCAAACGAUCAGACUCCUAAUUACACAAAUGUAAAUCAAUAUCAAUAAUAUUGAUUAUAAUCAUAAAAAUACUUAAUAUAUUGUCUUAAAUGAUUGUAGGAUAACGAAACAUACUUUUGAUGACUUUGUAAUCGAUUAAUGACUGAACUUCGUGAAUGAACUCCAUCAUGUUGUUUUCAAAACCUAAUUUAGUUUUUUUGUAUGUGUAUUUGUAUGUGAUUAUAGAACAUCCGCUCUUUUGAAAUCCCAAAAUGAAUUAUAUGUUCAAGUAUUCAAGGUCAGAAGAUCAGAAGGUUCGUUUAACAAAUAUGUACAAAAUACAUACUUUUGGGUUUUCUGUAGGAAUUAUAAAACAAAAAAAAAUGUAUAAAGUCAUGCUGAUUUAUUUUUUUUUUGGCACUUUUGAUUGUUAUAGAUGUUUGUAAUAAAAACUAAACGAAAUCUUA